AUGAAAACCUUGGAUAAAGAAGUAAAUGCCAGUAAGGACAGUAAGGAUGAAGAUGAUCCAUUGACUUCUAGCUCUUCAUCAUCUACGACAAUAAUUUCAAAAUCAAAAUCUCGUCAGACACAGCCUACUUUACAGUCUGUAAUUAAGAAAAAAGAAAUGUGGUCUUUGGAUGAUUCAAGAUCAAUUAACAUAACCAAAAAGAUCGGUGAAAUGAUAGCUCUUGAUGCUGAAGCAUUUGCACUAGUUGAGCGAAAAGGCUUUGAAAGAUUAAUAAAGUUUUUGGCACCGCAGUAUCCUCUCCCUUGUAGAACAUAUUUUUCCGAAAAAAUUAUACCCCAGCUGUACGAAAACUUGAAAACACGUAUUCGUAUAGAAUUAAUUACUGCAAGAUACAUAUCGUUUUCCACUGAUAUCUGGACUUGUUCAGCAAACAAUGAAGCAUUCAUAAGUCUAACAGCUCACUUUAUACGAAAUGAUGAUAUACGGAGACAAAUAUAUGUUCUCAGCGCGAAACACUUUCCUGGUAGCCAUACUGGCGUCAAUAUCGGUCAGAUAUUAAAUGAUAUAAUGGAAGAAUGGCAUAUAAAUUCUAAUCAAAUUCAUUUGAUUUUGAGGGACAAUGCUGCUAAUAUGAUUGUCGGAACUGAAAGAGAUAUACCAACUCUUACAGCCAUGCAAUGGAAUAUGGUAGAAAACGUUAUACGUGUUCUCCAACCAUUUGAAGAAAUUACUAAAAUAUUGAGUUCUGAUUGCGAGACAAUUGAAUAUGUUAUUCCAGCAGUUGUUACUUUACAUUCAUAUCUUUCAAAACGACAAAAAGAUACUGGAAUAGUAAUGUUGAAGAAAGAGCUCAAGAAGGCAAUUGAAGAACGGUUUUUUAAUUCUAUAGGAUUCAAUAUCAAAGAUCGAAAAUGUUUUGUACUGGCUACCAUGUUAGAUCCAAGAUUUAAAACUAAGUUUUUGUCAGACGAAAAUAAAGCCAAACAAUGGAUCAUUGAUGAAUUACUUGAAAUAAAUAAUACAAUCACCAAAGAUGAUGAAAAUAUUGAAAACAAUACACAGAAUCAUGUCAGUCCUCUUCAAAAACAAGAUAUUAUCAGUGAAACACAUGACGACAUCUGGAAGUGCUUUGAUGACAUAAUAAACAAUUCAAAAUCGGAUACCGACAAUAGCAGUUUUGAGGAUUCAUCAUCAUCAACAACUUUUAAAAGACAACCCAGUGACAGAAGUAAAAAGAAAGCUGCAGUUUAUAAUGCAGAAUUAUCAAAAUACCUGAUGCUACCUCUGUCACCGAGAAAUGAGGAUCCGUUAACAUGGUGGAAGACUCAUAUUUUAGAAUACCCUAAUCUCAAAACUUUAGUUUUGAAAUACUUAAGUGCUCCGCCGUCCUCCGUACAUUCAGAAAGACUUUUCAGCGCAGGAAAAUUGGUUUAUUCCGAUAAUCGAAAUAGAUUAUCACCAAAAAAUGCUGACAUAUUAUUGUUUAUCAUGAAAAAUUUGUUAAUAUUAAACUUUGAUAUUUGA